GAAAAGCACCCAAAAUCAGAAAGUAAGGGGGCGGGGUUUCACUGCAGGCGAAAAUCAAAAAGGGGUCUGACGUUGUUGCCAUUAAAAACCAGGACCACCAAAGUAACUGGAUUUAUUUCAGCUGUGAAAAGGGCCAUCAAACUGAGCAUAAGGCUUGGAGCAGCAGGCAUGGAUCCAAGCGAAGAGCAAAAUACAGGCAACGCUAACGGGAACACUCAGACAGGUGGGAGCUCCCGGGCACCCCAGAUAGCCAACAUGUCUUUGUAUGAAAGACAGGCUGUUCAGGCUCUGCAGGCCUUGCAAAGACAGCCUAAUGCAGCUCAGUACUUCCAGCAGCUCAUGCUGCAGCAACAGAUCAAUAAUGCGCAGCUGAACACCUUGGCUGCUGUACAACAGGCCACGCUUGCAGCAAGCCGCCAGUCCAACACCGCAAGCAACAGCAUGUCCCAAGCUCCCACCACUGUGAACCUGAGCUCUACGUCUGCAGGUGGGACGAUGACCACUCCUCGGCCACACGGACCAGUUACCUCUGCAGCAACAACAGCUCUCAACCAGUCGGUGUUGCUGGGUGGAAACUCACCAGGACAGGGGCAGAUGUAUCUUAGAGUGAACCGCUCCCUUAGAGCUCCACUUGCCUCUCAGUUUAUCUUCAUGCCUGGUGGAACUGCAGCUACUGUAGCGGCCGUAGCUCAGACGCAGCCCCAGCAGCAGCAACAGCAGGAAGCUGCUGCCACAGCUGCAAGCGGCCACUCCGACGGUGAUCAAGUGCAGAAUCUGACUCUGGACUGUGCCGCUGCCCUCAAAGCCGCUACUGCCAAGUCUGAAAUCUCGGAGCGGAAAGAUGCUGCCAGUUUUCCUCUCUCUCAGCAGCAGCAGCAGACGUUUCCCCCGACAGCUCAGCAGCAGCAAGUUCAGCCACAGCAACUGCAACAGAUGGCCAAAGCCAGCUUUAAUCAGCAGGCUGCCUCCAGCUCCAUGACCCUGAAACCUGGAAACCAGGCUGUCAUGACCGUCACUCCUUCUGCCACCGUCGCUCCUUCCUCUUCUCCAUCUCCUGCACUUCCUCUCCCUCAGCUCCUCUUGUCUUCUUCUGCUGCUCCCGUCUUCCUGGUGCCCACUUCAAAUGUAACUACCUCCACCCAGGGCUAUCCAAUUGGCCCUGUGGCUCCGAAGUCCAACAUAAAUGCUCAGACUCUGGUGGUGCAGCCCCUACAACAGGCUGGCACUAACGUGGAGAAAGGUCCUGUUCCGAUCCAACCCAAGACAGCUCAGGGACACCGCUUGCCUGUUCAGCUGUCAACUCGAAAUCCUCCCCCCAUUCUCCCGGCUCCGCCGAGCAAUGCCGCAGCAGGUCACAACCCUCCCCACAUACCGGUCCAGCUAGUGGGAGCCAGGCAGGGCUUGGCAGGGAACGCACAAGCUGUGGCUCUGAGUCCGGCGCGGAGCGGCUCAGUCCAGGAGGUUUCAUCCGGUGGAAGCUCAGUCCUCAACAAUAUCGCUGUGACCAAACCGGUUGCUGGUUCUCUGAAGAGAAAGUCUGAAUGCGAUGCACCGAACAACGCGACAGAAUCAGAGUCCGCACCCAUCAAAGAUUGCGCUCCGCCGUUAUCACCCGCCCCCACGAAGGACUCGACUCCCUCUGUAGAAGCUGCGUUCUCGUCUCCUCCAACCCUUUCCUUGCCUCCGCCGUUGUCGAAAGCUGGGGACAAAGACCGAAUCCCACUCCCGCAGGCGGUGGUCAAACCUCAAGUUCUCACCCACCUGAUCGAGGGGUUUGUGAUUCAAGAAGGAGCCGAACCCUUCCCUGUCGCCGGAUUCCUGAAGGACAGAGAUUUUGCCUUGGUGGGCCGCACGGAGAACAGCCACCUGUCAGUGUUGAAGUGUGAGUACUGCGGAUGCCUCGCUCCAGCCAGCCAGUUCCGGGGGUCGAAGAGGUUCUGUUCUAAUUCCUGCGCUAAAAGAUAUAACGUAAGCUGCACUCAACACUUCAAGUCCAGCAGGGGGCGGAGCGGUGCACGGGUGCCACCACGCCCGAUGCCAUCUGGGGGCACCACGCUGCGCAGAGGACCCUCUCGCAGGAGCAGCUCGAGCUCCAACUAUAAUAAAAUAUCCAGCAAGCAUCCUUCUGUCAAGUGUCACUCCGAGUCCAGUCACUCUGAAGACAUAUCCAGCGAGGAGGAAGAGGAAGAGGAGGAGGAUUCUCCUUCCUUGUCUCCGAGCUCGUCACACUCCUGCUCCAGAGCCGAGCACAGCGCUCCUCCGUCUGACAGCUCAGCUCCUGGAGGCCUCCCACUGGGAGGAGCUAGCUUCCUGUCUGCGACUCCCGCUCAGUGGAGCGUGGACGAAGUCUGCAAGUUCAUCUCCUCGCUCCAAGGUUGCGAGGAGCUGGCGGCCCAUUUUCUGUCACAGGAAAUCGACGGGCAGGCUCUGCUGCUGCUGAGGGAGGAGCAUCUCAUUUCCACCAUGAAUAUUAAGCUGGGUCCUGCUCUGAAGAUCUGUGCCUCCAUCAACAGUCUGCGCGAGUAAACGCGUUCCUGUUCGCUCUGACCUUGUCAAAUUCAACACUUGGACUUUUGAGGUUCUCGAAGAAGGUUUAAAUGAUUCAUUUUUCUAAUAAACAACAGUGCCCUGUCGGUCAUUCUGAUACGUGGAAUGGAUCCAAGUCGAUGCCACAGAUGACUUUUUUUUUAUCACUGUGAAUGUAAGCGUGCUAAAGCGGUCCACCUAUGGGGCGCUACGGCUUCUGCUGCCUUCUAGCGGUUUUUCAAAAUGUGCUUUAACUUUAGUGAUGUCAACAAAUGUCAGUUACAUUCAUGUUUAGUGUUUUUUUAUGCAUUCUUUAUGUUUUUGUCUGAGAAGUUCAACUGAGCCGGCUCCAAUCAUGACGAAACACGACACUCAAAGAGCCUGGUGGUUUUAUUUGUUUUAGUUUUGUAUUUUCCAUUUUUUAUAGAACAAUCAAGUUUUUUUUCAUAAAAGCAACGUAGUUUUAGUAGCGUUGAACGGUGUUACCUGGUAUUUCUCAUGUUUUACUGAAUGGAAGCUCUCUCUGUAGAUGCAGUACUGCCAGUAAACGAGUUACUACA